CGUGGAUCCCAAGGAGCAAGAGAUUCGUCAUAAAUUCUGUUUUUCUCUCACCAUUCCUGAAAGAGAAGGAGAAUUUCUGACCCAUAAUCUUGGCUCUUGUUGUCAGUACGCUCUAAACCCAACGAGUUCAUGUGGGUUGUGGUGUCCUCUGUGUUAUAUAAGAGCUCUCAGUGUUGUGUUCAUACAUUCUUGGUUGUUGUCCGGAUUAUAAGUUUUGGGUGAUGUUAGGUGCGAGAUUUGAUUAGUUCGAUGUGUUCAUUAACAGAGUGCUAGUGACUGAAUUCAAUCUAAUCCGCUGCAAAUUCACACAUGCAACAAUGGUCAGCAAUCGCAAGGCCAGCAAGAGAACCCAUGUUCAAAGCCUGGACCAGGCCCCCGAGUCAGUUUUCAGUCCAAAGACUCACUCCGUGGAAGGUUCUUCACGAGAUGAAGAGGUCCAAACUCUGCCAAAUAACACAGUGUCACGAGGUAUGCAAACCGUGGCCCCAUGUGAUCUCAUUAACGAAACAUCGAUCUUUCAACCAAGUGUUCCCAAAUGUCGCAAACGGAUGGACAAUCGCAGGGAAAUGAUCGACCUCCCACAGGCCCUCAGUCGAUAUCGGGCCACCACCAAAAAGCGCCGAAAUCCCACGUUCCUGUCCUCCAAAUUCUACGUCAAAGGCGAGCCUUCCAAAAAGAAGAAGCGCUUUGACCCCGAGGCUCCCAGUACGUCUCGUGCAAGUUUUGAGGACGAGCAUGAGGACUGUGACGAGAGUAUCAAGCCGGUUCCCAGUUCCGCAGAUCUAAUCACCAUCUCUGAUAGCGACGACUCGGAUUGGGAAACCAUGGACGAUGACUCGGACUUCAAUGAGGAAAACCCUCCUGGAGAUCGCGUUGCUUACAUCCACGUGGGAGAGGGUGGCGAGGCCGAUCUUGAGGCGCAACUCAAGGGUGCAGAGAACCUCGAUAUCCAAAUUUUGGAGGAAGAGAAUCUCCCUGACAUUGACGAAUCAGAUAUGAUUCACGGCCUCGACCACACUGGAACAGCCCGUGAUUACGUCGACGAGCGACAUCGGUGUACAGUUCGAUGUCCAAUCGGGUGUCAAGGCCAUCUUAGACCAAAUGAAAUUGUCAUCUACGAAAGCUUCAAAUGGAAAGGUCGGCUUCGAGGUCGAAGAAGGUACAAGGGCCGGAUUAUCUACAAUACCCGGUUCCACGAGUCCUCUAGUUCAUCCUCGUCUUCGAGCUCAUCUGCCCUCUCAACCGAGGCCACUUCGACUGAUUCAGGCGUGGAUGUUGUGAGCAGUGGGCCCAACACAAGAAGAACCACCCGUCGAUCCAACAAUACCAACACCACCAGCUCCACCUCCUCUUCAUCCCCCUCCUCCUCCUCCUCUUCCUCUUUGGGCGUGGUCAGAGGUGCCCAUAGCUCGGUGUCUUGUAGAUCUCCCGUCCAAGCGUCGCAAGGCUCUUCAGGUCGUAGCCGCACUCGCCGUUCUUCAGCCGCAUCUGCCUACCCGGGCAGUUUAAGUACGAAGGGCAGUACUUCACGUGGGAGUCCGUACUCAGACUCGCAACACAGGUCCAGCCGCAGGAAGCAGGUUGCCAGUCAAGGUUCACCCGCAGAACUUACCGCAGCCAGAAUGGGGGUCACUCCUUCAAAAGGUGGGGUUAUGCGCUUCAAGGAUCGCGCCCUCGGCCGAGAGAGUGCUGUUCGAGGUGAACAAAAUGGUGCCACCACGGCUGAAGCACCCAUGCCCACCCGAUUGGGAAUGCUCCUCGAUAUGCCCUCCGUUAGUCGUGACAUACAGUUAAAACACGCAUGGAACACAGAGGAUCGAUCAUACAACAUCUUUGUGAAGGAGGAUGACAAACUUACCUUCCAUCGCCACCCCGUGGCACAAAGUACAGACUGUAUUCGCGGAAAAGUCGGUUAUGAGCGAGGCCUCCAUCUUUUCGAAAUCACAUGGUCCACGAGGCAAAGAGGUACCCACGCCGUCGUUGGAGUUAGCACAGCCGAUGCCCCCGUCCAUAGUGUUGGUUACCAAAGCCUAGUGGGUAACAACGAGCAUUCGUGGGGAUGGGACCUGGGACGCAACAAGGUAUAUCACGACUUCAAAAACUCGCCUGGUCGACCUUAUCCUGCCAAUCUGAAAAACGACGAACCCUUCGUUGUCCCAGACAAGUUCCUCGCUGUUCUUGAUAUGGAUGAAGGCACGUUGGGUUACGUGGUAGACAAUGUAUAUCUAGGCCCAGCUUUCCGCGGCCUCCGAGGCAAAAAGCUGUAUCUAACCGUCUCUGCCGUUUGGGGCCACUGUGAAAUCACAAUGAAGUACAUCGGUGGCAUGGACCCCGAACCUCUUCCCCUCAUGGACCUAUGCCGCCUCGUUAUCCGCCAAAAUAUCAGCAAAGAGCGGAUUGAGAAAGGCAAGAUCUCCGAACUGAAUCUACCCAAGACCAUUAAAGACUACUUGGAAUACAAAGAGAGACGGACCGCCCAAGUGAGUUUGGUGGGAGUCUCCUCAUCGUCCACAAGUAGCGCGUCAUCAUAGUCAACAGAUGAAUGACAAUGGAGAGGAUCCAGUGAAGGCAUCUAAAUAAUAUCCAAGAAGAAGAAUCUAUUUGUCCCAUCUCAAGCGAUGUUCUCCCCCAAUCCCUUUCUUUAUCGAAGGGAACCCACUCAACCCCCCCCCCCUUGUGGAUGAAAAGGAGAAUUUCCUUUCGUUCUUCCGUUUUUCAUCGUGACCGUUGUGGACGCGCCGCUAGUAUGAAACAUCAGGGUGACUUGUUUGGACACCUCAUUGCCUUCGUUCUUUGGCGACGCUGACACAGGAACUUCAUUCUACGAGAACUCUUGAAUUCAACCACCCAAUGACACCCCUUUUUGAUGAAAAUCUUUCCUCCCCCUCCCUCCCCCUUGAGAAUGGAAUAUAAAUCCUAACAGAAUGAGAAAUCUCAGAUUUUUUAGUUUUCUAACAGCACUUGUUCGUGCCCAAUCCUAAUGAAAGAAUCGACUUGAAGAAAAUGGCAUUUCUGCAACAUACGACUGUCCCUUGUCCUCGAUUAUUAAAAUGAAACCGAUCUCAUUUGUUUCACGCGGCA